AUCAAGGACGUACUUAAAAAAAGUUUAAAAGUGACUGAAUGUCUGUUCCAUCGAACUUUUAUCAGAUCGCCAUUGAUUAUGUACGUUUGAAUCCUGGUCCAUAGAUCAAGGAUGUACUUAAUGAGUUUGAAGUGACUGAAUGUAUAUUCUCUUGACUGCACACCAGUUCAGAAAGUAACAAACUAUCAACUUAUACUAACUGACUGUCAGAUUGUCAUAACAUUUAAUUGCAGAGUUUACCUACUUCAUAGGACAUUGCUAUAAUCGGAGGAAACGAAUGAGCAAAGGCAAUGGGGGAACUUCAGUCAUCGGACGAAUUUGUUAAAGAUGGAUCAGUGGAUCUCCAUGGCCACUCUCUUAUCAGAUCUUACACUGGAACAUGGAAGGCAUCCCUUUUUGUAAUUGGGGUGGAGAUUGCAGAGAGGUUUGCUUAUGCUGGCAUAUCUGUAAAUUUGGUGAUUUAUCUCACAAGUGUUUUGAAUGAAAGCACUGCCACUGCUGCAAGCAAUGUGAACAUGUGGUCAGGGGUAGCAUUCGUGUUGCCUUUUUUGGGAGCUUUUAUUGCAGAUUCUUAUUUGGGUCGGUACUGGACAAUCCUUGUUGCUACAAUCGUCUAUUUGCUUCCAUGCCUACAGGCAUUUGGUGCGGACCAAUUUGAUGAUGAGGACCCAAAAGAGAAGCAGCACAGAAGUUCAUUCUUUAACUGGUGGUCUUUUGGUAUUUACUUGGGAUUCCUUCCAGGGGUCACUGUGCUCACGUACAUCCAAGAUAAUGUCGGAUGGGGUGUGGGAUUUGGCAUUCCUGCCUUUACCAUGGGAAUGGCACUUGUUGUCUUCUUGUGUGGGACUAGAUUUUACCGAAACAAACAGCCUAGUGGAAGCUCUCUCACUCGAGUCAUCCAUGUGUUUGUUGCAGCAUUCUUCAAGCGGAAUGCCCCUAUUCCUUUCCGAGAACAAAGUCAUUUAGCUUCUAGUCAAGAAGUAGAAGUUCUGAGGACAGAGUCAAGACGUCAACUCUUGCAAACAAACAAGUUCAGGUUUCUUGACAAAGCAACAAUUGAAGAUGAGUUAGACUUUGAGUGCAGAACAACACGCAAUUGGAGACUUUGCACAGUCCAACAGGUUGAAGAGGUAAAACUUCUUCUAGGCAUGUUACCUAUUUGGAUGACAUGUUUGAUGUAUGGCGUUGUUCUUGCACAGUCCUUCACAUUCUUCACAGAACAGGGCAGCACAAUGGAUAGAAAAAUUGGUCGACAUUUUGUGAUCCCUUCUGCAAGUUUGCAAUGUUUUAAUAGCAUAACUGUUAUGCUAUUUGUCCCUGUCUAUGACUGCCUCUUUGUACCAAUUGCAAAAAGGUUGUCAGGGAACGAGAGAGGUAUAACAUUGCUCCAAAGGAUAGGCGCCGGUAUGUUUUUUUCUGCACUUUCAAUGAUUGUGGCUGCAUUGAUAGAAAUUAAAAGGCUCAAGGCAGCAAAGGAUAAUGGACUCAUAGACAUGCCCUAUGCAACAAUCCCAAUAAGCGUUUUUUGGCUACUUCCACAAUAUGUACUUUUUGGCAUUGCUGAUGUGUUUAUAGUGAUAGGAUUGCAAGAAUACUUUUAUGAUCAGAUGCCAGACACAAUGAAAAGCUUGGGUAUUGCUGUCUAUUUGAGUGUUAUAGGAGUUGGUAGUUUCUUGAGUAGUAUUCUAAUUUUGGUCAUUGAGAAGGUUACUUGCAGAAAGCAGGAGGAAUGCUGGUUUGCAGACAACUUGAACAAAGCUCAUUUAGAUUACUUUUAUUGGCUUCUAGCUUCUUUGAGUCUGCUCAAUCUGGGCAUAUUUAUAACCUUAGCCAGCUGCUACAAAUACAAAAAGGUUGCACCUUCUGGCACAGAAAAUUCUGCCUAAAAACUAACUUUAUGUUAUACCUUUGUGAGUGCCACUAGUACUGUUUUAACAGUUCUACUGUUGUAAUUUGUUAUUAGAAUGUGUUUUCCACACUUACGAACUGGGUUAAAAACCCAACAGUGCAAACUCUGUAAGUAGCAUUUAAGUGGAGAUCUCAAACUCUCACAUUCUACCAGAGGCUAAAAAUUCAAUGGGUCGACACCAUAAAUUCCAUCUCAAAAAGCAUACCUGCACCUUGAUUUCACUAUAUCAAUUAUACUUGGAACGUCAACUUAAUUUGUUAUUCCCUCUUAAUCUAUACGGGAAAAACUACUCAUCUGGGAUUGAAUAAACAUUCAUUGAUUCUCUUA